GACUUGGAUGCCAAGUUCAUUAUUCAAAUGGAGAAAAGCAAAACAACAAUCACAAACUUAAAGAUACCAGAAGGAGGAACUGGGGACUCAGGAAGAGAACGGACCAAGACCUUCACCUAUGACUUUUCUUUUUAUUCCGCUGAUAUAAAAAGUCCAGAUUAUGUUUCACAAGAAAUGGUUUUCAAAACUCUUGGCAUGGAUGUUGUGAAAUCUGCAUUUGAAGGUUAUAAUGCUUGUGUCUUUGCAUAUGGGCAAACUGGAUCAGGAAAGUCAUACACUAUGAUGGGAAAUUCCGGUGAUUCUGGCUUAAUACCUCGGAUCUGUGAAGGGCUCUUCAGUCGGAUAAAUGAAACCACUAUAUGGGAUGAAGCAUCUUUUCGAACUGAAGUCAGCUACUUAGAAAUUUAUAAUGAACAUGUGAGAGAUCUACUUAGGCGGAAGUCCUCCAAAACCUUCAAUUUGAGAGUCCGUGAGCAUCCAAAAGAAGGGCCUUACGUUGAAGAUUUAUCCAAACAUUUAGUCCAAAAUUAUGGUGACGUAGAAGAACUUAUGGAUGCAGGAAAUAUCAAUCGGACGACAGCAGCGACUGGGAUGAAUGACGUCAGCAGCCGGUCUCAUGCUAUCUUCACCAUCAAGUUCACUCAGUUUACUGGAUUUUCUUCCCUUUUUGGGUUAAAAAUUCCUGUGGCUAAGAGGUUUACAUUUCUAUCAGAAUUUUCUAAUUCUGUUGGACAUUUUAAUCUAGUGUCCAUUUCACCUGCUGAUGUCAAUUACGGAGAAACCCUAAGUACUCUUCGCUAUGCAAAUAGAGCCAAAAACAUCAUCAACAAGCCUACUAUUAAUGAGGAUGCCAACGUCAAACUCAUCCGUGAGCUCCGAGCUGAAAUAGCCAGACUGAAAAUGUUGCUUGCUCAAGGGAAUCAGAUUGCCCUCUUAGACUCCCCUACAGCUUUAAGUAUGGAGGAAAAACUUCAGCAGAAUGAAGCAAGAGUUCAAGAACUGACCAAGGAAUGGACAAACAAGUGGAAUGAAACCCAAAAUAUCUUGAAAGAACAAACUCUUGCCCUUAGGAAAGAAGGAAUUGGAGUUGUUCUUGAUUCUGAACUGCCCCAUUUGAUUGGCAUUGAUGAUGACCUUCUGAGUACUGGAAUCAUCUUAUAUCACUUGAAGGAGGGUCAGACAUAUGUUGGUAGAGAAGAUGCUUCAACAGAACAAGAUAUUGUUCUUCAUGGCCUUGAUUUGGAGAGUGAACACUGCAUCUUUGAAAAUAUUGGAGGGACAGUGACUCUGAUACCCUUGAGUGGGUCUCAGUGCUCUGUGAAUGGUGUUCAGAUCAUGGAGGCCACACACCUAAAUCAAGGUGCUGUAAUACUCUUGGGAAGAACCAAUAUGUUUCGCUUUAACCAUCCCAAGGAAGCUGCCAAGCUCAGGGAGAAGAGAAAGAGUGGACUUCUGUCCUCCUUCAGCUUGUCUAUGACUGACCUCUCCAAGUCCUGUGAGAACCUCUCUGCGGUCAUGUUGUAUAACCCAGGACUUGAAUUUGAAAGGCAACAGCGUGAAGAACUUGAAAAAUUAGAAAAUAAAAGAAAACUUAUAGAAGAAAUGGAGGAAAAGCAGAAAUCAGACAAGGCUGAAUUGGAGCGGAUGCAGCAGGAGGUGGAGACUCAGCGCAAGGAGACAGAAAUCGUGCAGCUCCAGAUCCGCAAGCAGGAGGAGAGCCUCAAACGCCGCAGUGUCCAUAUUGAGAGUAAGCUGAAGGAUUUGCUUGCCGAGAAGGAAAAGUUUGAAGAGGAGAGGCUGAGGGAGCAGCAGGAGAUGGAGUUGCAGAAAAAGAAACAAGAGGAGGAGAGCUUUCUCUGUGUCAAAGAAGAACUCAAGUGGCUACAAGAACUCAACAAUAAUGAGAAGGCUGAGAAGAUUCAGAUAUUUCAAGAACUGGACUGGCUCAAAAAGGAAAAAGAUGAGCAGUCUGCCAAGCUCGAACUGGAAAAGAAGAGACUGGAGGAGCAAGAACAGGAGCAGUUCGUGCUUGUGGCACAUCUUGAAGAGCAGAUCCGAGAGCAGCAGGAGAUUAUCCAACUCCUGCAGCGAGGUGAGGUCCAGCGUGUAGAAGAGGAGAAGAGAGACCUAGAGGAUAUCCGAGAGUCUCUUCUGCGGGCCAAGGAGACGCGGGCUGAAGGGGAUGAUGGUGGGGAAGAACAAGAAAUGGCUCAACUGCAUUUCUUAGAGUUCAAGAGAAGGCAAGUAGUCAAGCUAGCAAACUUGGAGAAGGACCUGGUUCAUCAGAAGGACCUCCUGAAGAAAGAAGUUGAAGAAGAACAGGAAAUCCUAGGGCAUUUAAAAUAUGAAAAUAAAGAUGAAUUUAGGCUGUUGGACAAAAAUGAUGACAGUGUCAAACAUGUCACACAGGGAAUUCAAGAGUUAGAGAAAAUAAAGCCAGCAGAGAACAGGCUGCAGUAUAAAGAACACCAACUACAAUACCUCCUGCAGAACCAUCUGCCAACUUUGUUGGAAGAAAAGCAGAGAGCAUUUGAAAUCCUUGACAGAGGCCCUCUUGGCUUAGACAACACUCUCUAUCAAGUAGAAAAAGAGAUAGAAGAAAAAGAAGAACAACUUAUGCAGUACCAGGCCAAUACAAGCCAGCUGCAAAAGCUGCAAGCCACGUUUGAAUUCACCGCCAACAUUGCACGCCAGGAAGAGAAAGUGAGGAAAAAAGAAAAGGAGAUUCUCGAGUCCCGAGAGAAGCAGCAGAGAGAGGCACUGGAGCAAGCUGUUGCCAAGCUGGAGAGGAGGCACUCUGCCUUGCAGAGGCGCUCCACCCUGGGCCUCGAGAUUGAAGAGCAGAGACAAAAACUUGCAACUCUGAACAGCAGUGGCAGUGUGCAGUUGGAGCUGCAAGCCAGCCUGGAAGCUGAGCAGGAAGCUCUUGAGCAGGACUGGGAAAGGUUACAACAUGAAAUCCAGCAGUUGAAGCAGAAGAUCUGUGAGUGUGAUGGCAUUCAGAAAUGGUAUUGUGGGACCCUGGAGGGGAAGGCUGCUGCUUCUAGUCUACCACCCAGUACUGAAAAGUCUCAGGCUCAUCUGGUCCCACUGAUGGAUGCCAGGAUCAAUGCCUAUAUUGAAGAAGAAGUCCAAAGACGUCUUCAGGAUUUGCAUCGUGUGAUUGGUGAUAAUGGCAGUACGUCUGCAGAAGUGAUAAAGGAUAAUGAGAAACUUCACAAUGGCACCAUUCAGCGUAAGCUAAAAUAUGAGCGGAUGGUUUCUCGCUCUUUGGGAGCAAAUUCAUAUGACCUGAAGGACCCAAUUAAAAUUAGUAUUCCACGGUAUGUUCUCUGCGGACAAGGAAAGGAUGAACACUUCGAGUUUGAGGUCAAGAUUACUGUCCUAGAUGAGACAUGGACUGUAUUUAGGCGUUACAGUCGUUUUCGAGAAAUGCAUAAAACAUUGAAGUUAAAGUAUGCAGAGCUUGCUACCCUCGAAUUCCCCCCAAAGAAGUUAUUUGGAAACAAGGAUGAACGUGUGAUUGCUGAGAGGCGAAGUCACUUAGAGAAAUACCUCAGGGACUUUUUCAAUGUGAUGCUUCAAUCUGCAACAUCUCCACUGCAUAUCAGCAAAGUGGGACUAACUCUGUCGAAACAUACAAUUUGUGAGUUCUCACCAUUCUUCAAGAAAGGAGUCUUCGACUACAGCAGCCAUGGGACAGGAUAG